GAGGAGAGAAGAUAUCGAUCACCAACUCUAUUUUAGAAAGAGUAACCCACAAGCACUUCGGGUUUUUAUUGCCUAUGUUUUUACCAACAUGAAUUGUAGUUUAGAAGUCUAUGUCCUUUCUUUAUUAUACCUUGAAAGACUUCAUGAAAAAUGUCCUUGCUUACUCUGCUAUAACAAUGCAGAGCUCUUAAUUUUGAUAUCGAUAAUUCUUGCUCAUAAAUAUCACGAAGAGACUAGCUAUUGUCCUUCCUUUUACACUAAGUUAGCGAAUGUGCCUAUUUCCCACCUUAAUCGUUUGGAAGUUGAUUUCAUUAAUCGUAUCGAGUUCGCGCUCUACGUAUCUGCCUCCGCUUAUUAUAAGUUUUAUCGUCGUUUAACGUCUCUUACGACAUCUCCUACCACUCCUUUUCCGAAUAUUUGCUUACCCUCCCUUUUAUCAGUUCCAACUUCUGCUAGUUAUUCUCUUAUCUAUGCAAACGAUCCUCAUGAAUUCCAGCGACGUGCCCGCUUUUUCCAGUACCAGCAACUCUGUCUCCCUCAGAUUUACGCGAUCCCCGCGGGAACGUUCCCAUCAACCUUUUUGAGUCAGGGAGCGACCUGCGGUCGUCUCGGUUCUGUCGAACCCUCGCUUUGCUACUCUGCCGCUUGUUGUGGCUAUGAUCAGUAUCCGGUCAAACAAGAUGUCCCGAUCGGCUGCGUAUUUACGGGAGUGUGCUGUUUUGUGGGCGUACAGGUGCAAAAGCCAGUUUUCGUGACUGGAGUACGCUGGGGAGUACCGAUGCAGUGGAGAUAGAGCCUUGAUUCAGUGAACUUUUGAUUUUGUCGUGCCAGUUGUAUAUUCACUCAGUGUAAAGAUCAAUGAAACUAAUG